UUUGAACAGAGAAGGCCCUCUUCAAGUGUCCAGCUUCUCACUUCAUUUCGAGUGAAACCACUAGAGGGGGACACACUUUCUGACCAUGCAACAGAGUGUGUGGCAACCAGAGAAGAAAACCACUAAUGCAAAUUGCAGCAGGUGAAGGAAGUUUGUUGCUCACUAUGGUAGCUAGGGAUGCCAUCUGACCUGGAAAAUAAGUUCAAACAGUUUGUGUUUUACUGCAAUAAUUACAAAAGCUUGAAUCCUCUUGAGUCAGCCUGGAGCCAGCAGUCUGCCAGAAGUUAAGGACCGACUCUUUGACCUCCCUCCCCCUCUUCGUGCUCCUUUCCGAACGUGCUGACCAAUCUUCCCCCCUGGCUGAUCAGCAUGACAAAGCACUGGCCGGAGCAGAGUCUCUUGGCACCACCCGCUCUGUCCCACCUUGGAGAACAUCCCGACCAUCAACUUGACUUCCACAGAAAUGCGCAGAAGAUUUUUCCACCCAACGGUGUAGCUCGGAGCUCUUCAGCUCAACAUUGGCCUUACCACCUGGCUCGGAUGGUUCCCCAGCAGUUGUCGCGCUUGGAGAAACCCGAAGCGCGCCCCGAACAUCUCACCAGUGCCAGGGCAUUCAUGGAUACAGCCGUACCGCCGGACUCAUUGUACCCGAAUCCUCAAGAUGCCCACUUCAAACAGGAAGGCAUUAUCCGGGACUCGUGUAACAGUGAACGGGAGAAGAGUAGCACGAGUGGUGGGAAGAAAAAGAACUAUCAGCGGUAUCCAAAACCACCGUACUCGUACCUCGCUAUGAUUGCUAUGGUCAUCCAAAGGUCGCCAGAGAAGAAACUGACGUUAUCUGAGAUCCUCAAGGAGAUCAGUACUCUCUUCCCAUUUUUCAAAGGAAACUACAAGGGAUGGCGAGAUUCUGUGCGACACAACCUCUCCUCUUAUGACUGCUUUGUAAAGGUGCUGAAGGACCCGGGGAAGCCUCAGGGCAAAGGCAACUUCUGGGCGGUGGAGUUGAGCCGCGUUCCUCUGGAGCUCCUCAAGAGACAAAACACGGCUGUGUCUCGCCAGGAUGAGACAAUCUUUGCCCAGGAUCUGGCCCCCUACAUCCUGCAGGGACACAAACCAGAAGCUGAACCACCACCUGCCCUUCUCAGCCCCCACCCAACCAUGCGCUCAAGAAACCCCUCCCCAGCACAGGAGGACUUGUUCCGACCCAAGCUGGACUCUUCCUUCGCCAUCGACUCUCUGCUACACAGCCUGCGGCCACCCAGUGCCCCCGGGGAUGUGGAUGUGUCUAGCAGCGACUGCUGGGGCAAGGUGGAGCGCCCUCGGUCUUCACCACCUCUGCGGCCUCGCUACGCCUCCUCUGCCCGUAGUGCCUCGGCCAGCUCUGCCAGCCCAGCCUCCACCUCCUCCUCUGAUGAGGAAUGGAAAGGGAUGUCCCUGUCCGGGAAGCGUGUUCCCCUUGAGGGUGAGGCUGGGUCAGAUGGUUAUGAGGACUACAGACCGCCACUCCACAAGUCCGCCCGACGGGAGACCGUUGCCCCUCCAUGGGAGCUUCCCACCUCCUAUGCUAAAUAUGCUCCCCCUAAUGCUGUUGCCCCACCCAGUAUGCGGUUCAACGGAGGACCUCUAAUGCCACUGCAUGGAGGACUUCCUCUUUACAGCUACGGCAGCUCUCCUGUGGCACCUGGUCACUUCUUAGGUCAUGCCUAUUGGCCCAUCCUCCCCAGCGGACGAGUUUCUGUCCAAGCCCCUCCCCUCAUCAUGGACCUGGACAACAUGUUGCAAUCUGUGCCUCCAAAUAAGAGUGUGUUUGACGUGUUAGUACCAACAAAUCAGAACUCUCACCCACAUCAUCAACCACCCAGUCAGUACACCCUGCAGAAUGGGCCUCCCCUAAACAGGUAUCCUCAGUACUGACUCUGAAAUACUGACUUGAUUCCUCAUACUGAUCCAUACUGUCACUCAGAAAUGCACGGACGCUAACCCACUAGGAUGCAGGUUUAAUCAAGAUCCCUGAGCGAAACACAUUUCUGCUCAAGCUCAACAAAUGUUGACUGUUUAGGAUGCAAAAAGGGCGCUGAACUACAGACAGUGUAAUUGAUGGAUUCAUGUUUUUAACAAGAUGAAAAGUCAGUGUUGGCUUUUUUAAAUCAAGGUUUUUAAAAACAAACCCAUUAUUUCUCAUCAAUGUUGAUUAUUACAUGGUUUCGCUGGAUAAAAUGUACCUCAAACAGCUAUACAACUAAAUAAGUAUCUACCUCAGGAAUUCACUGAAAUGGAGUGUGUAUUUCUACAGGCUCUUUGCACUGAAGGUGUUUUAAUUGGCAUGAAUGUGUUUUGUUACACAAUUAUUUUGCAUGUUGUCUAGUUAUUGUGACUGCUGAAUGUAUUGUUGGAUUUAAUCUUGAAUUUCAGU